AUCAAUGAAAGUAAUAUUUUAAUGCAGCGUUAUUAGAAUGUUCAACAGUUUACAAUGAAAAGUAGAAGUGUUUAUGCAUUUGGAUUUUAUUUACGUAGUUUCUUUGGAUCUAAGGGCGAGAGGAAAUCCUGAGGCACUUUAAAUGGGCCUAGCCUAGAAUGUUGGAGUUUUUUGUCUGAGAAAUAGUAGAAGCGGAGUGUGUGUUUUGAACUCAGGGUGGAUGGGAGUUCAGAUUAGGAAGUGAUGGUGUGACGUAUGAGCAUUUACAUGUACUAAUGCUGCCAUGGAUUAAGAUUUGUCAAAUGGUUACCGUGAAAAUAGUUAGCGUAUGACGAUGCCCCGUAUUUUAUCAUUCCAUUUCAAAUAUCAAGAUAAAUGAUGGUAGUUUUUAUACCAUACAGUAAAUUCUUGUCCUUUGUUUUAACAUUCCCAUAAAAGUUUUUAAUCAAGAUUCCUCUUUUCAUUGACAGUAAACUUCUUACUGUGUGACCUCAGUGAUAUUCUCAUCUUUCAGAUUCAUCUUAAAAACACAAUGGUCCUCUGUCAUCAUUAUCUAUAAACACAGAAGAACAUGGCGACACAAUAAAGUCACGACAAGCAGCAUCGUCCCCUCCAUUCACAAGAAUGAAGUCACGAGAAGCUGUAUCGCCUCCUCCAGUCAAACGAAUGAAGUCACGAGAAGCUGUGUCGUUUCCUCCAGUCAAAUGAAUGAAGUCAUCGGAAGCAUUAUCGUCUCCUUCAGUGAAACCACUGCUUGAUGAACCGCGACUCAUCGCCACCACAGACACUGGAUAUGACGGACUAGACAGUGUUUGCUGUCUUAGUGAAGAACAGAUCUGGACAUGUGAGAAUAAGGAAAUCAUGAAGCUUCUCAACCUUCAGAGUAAACUACUGACAUCAAUACGAACCAAGUCAGGGAACACACCAAAGGAUAUAGCAGUGACACGGGACGGAAAUCUUGUUUAUACUGAUAAAACUGUAAACCUGGUGAGGAAUAAAGAGAUACAGACCGCGAUCACACUGCAGGGAUGGGGACCUCUUAAUGUAUGCAGUACCUCCUCUAACGAUCUCCUGGUUACCAUGAUCAGUGAUAAUCGAAAACAAUCCAAAGUCGUGCGUUACUCUGACUCCACAGAGAAACAAACCAUUCAGUUUGAUGAUCAGGGUCGUCCUCUUUAUUCACCUGAUUAUAGCGAUAAAUACAUCAGUGAGAGCAGAAACCUGAAUAUUUGUGUGACUGACCAGAAAGCUAGUGCAGUAGUGGUUGUCAAGCAGACAGGAAAACUCCGAUUUCGAUACACUGGUCAGCCCUCUAAUACCAAGUAUUCAUUUCAAAGAUUAGAUCCACGCGGUAUUACAACAGACAGUCAGAGUAACAUCCUGACAGCAGACUUAUACAAUCACCGUAUCCACAUCAUAGAUCAGGACGGACAGUUCCUCCGUUACAUUCUGAGCUAUCGUUCAAACAGUCCAUUCGGUUUAUGUGUGGAUAUCAGAGACAACCUCUUUGUUGCUGACCAUGUCACUGCUAAAGUGAAGAAAAUCCAAUAUCUAUAAACACAGUGUUAAUUACACAUCUCAUGACAGUUUUAAUUACAUAUCUAAACAUAGGGAUAAAUGAGGUUGUUAAUUAUAGCAGCUUGUUAAUUACAUCUACUUGUUAAUCAAAGCCCUGUGAUCAUUACAACCCCAUGUUUGUGAUUAAAAUUGUAAUUAAAUAAUUGAUUGAACAUUAUAGUCUCUCUUAUAACGUAAAUAAAUUUUACUUUAUCUAUAUGAUCAUAUUUAGUGAAACAUUAUCAACCUUAGUAUACUAAUUACUAAUUCAAUUGUGUUACUUGUUAUUUGACUAAUUUGACUAUGUUACAAUUUUAUUAUUGAUAUUUUGUUAACGAAUUUGAUGCAUUUCUAGUUAUUGUUCUCCAUCCUUUCUUGACUAAUUUGAUUGUUUCAUACUAAGUAUCAAUAUCUAUCAUAUACAAUCUUUUGUCGACUAAUUUGACUGAAUUGCUAAUUAUUUAUUUAUCUAUAUACAAUAUUUCAUUGACUAAUUUGAUUUUGUUACUUAUCAUUUAUCUACAUGUAAUUUAUAUCGAUACAAUUUUUGUGGACUAAUUUGAUUAUGUUAAUAAUUACAUGCAUCUAUCUCUCUUAUAUAAUCUUUUGUUGACUAAUUUUAUUGUGUUACUAGAACUUUAUCCAAUCUUUUGAACACAUGUGAAUAACUAGAUACGAUGUAACAAAGGUAAAACAGUUAGUGUCAUGUACUAAGAAAUUACACUUUUGUCAGUAUUUUGUGUGUAUUUUUUAAUUUUAGUACAUCCACUAGUGAGUACUUACAUGUACGCAUAUAUAUUUAUUUUUGUGUAAUGAAAUUACUAAUUGAACAUUAUUCUGUUUAAUUGUUUAUGAUAUAUUUCAGAAUGUCUUUUGUUUACCAAUGUACAUCUUAUAGAUAAACAUGAUUUAGAG